GAUCACAGGGUCUUCCCAAGACUGCGAAAGCACAGUAUUUCUGCUUGACUUUCCCCGUAGGGCUGAUGAAAAGCAAUUAUUCAAAACCUUACACUUUCGCACUUACAACAUCCCUCAACAGUUGCGAGACCUGUCUUGGAUUAGUUGCCAACCCAGGCAACAGACAGAAGCUCAUAUCGAAUCAUGUCUUCAUCGAAGCCUUCCGCUCAUCCUUACUCCUUGCCCGACCUCACUGAAACCAAGCUUUCCGUGGAGGAUGACUGGACUAAGGUGAAGGACCGAAAAGAAAAGAAGCGCAUUCAGAACCGCGUUGCACAGAGGACAUACCGUCACCGUAUGAAGGCACGCCUAGGGGAACUACAGCAAAAACUCGAAUAUCAUGAGAGAAACAAGGGAACAUCUACGGAUGGUGAUGCUCCUGGUGUUGGCGAUGGUGAGGACACGAACAGGAGCCCGUCUGUACAGCUUCCGACUCCAGCAUAUACCACAGACAACAGCCCAUCUCCGAGGGCUAACGAAGAACUGGUGGUGUUUGAUGACAUCCAUUUGCACAACUAUCACAGCCCGCACGCUUUCCAUACCGAUGCCAGUCAACUAUUUGACCUGUCGCCCGUUACAACGCCAUUAACGACGCAACCACCGGGAGUCUUUACUGUAGGGCAAUCGAACAUCACGGAUAGCGGAUACACUUCGGCUGUUGUACAUGAAUAUUUACGCCUCCAAAUGCAGCCUUUCGACACUCAGCAUCGUGUAGCUGAUGGCCAAGCUAACAACUAUGCCCUUGGUGUCUCUGUGCAUGGCGGCGAUUCAUUCUUGGUUCACGAUAGCCCUAAUGUUGACCCGUUGCUAUUUUCUAUCGACGGACAUGAUACAAUGACUGUGGGAUUCACAGAAGAAGAUGAAAGCAAUAUCUUGAACUGGAAAAUCCAGCCACCAGCAACGCCCAACCCAGGCCAGGUAGCUCUCUCACCUUCUGUUGCCCAGGACCUGCCCGAGAUGAAAAAGACAAGGACUUCCAACCGUACCACCUGUACUGCAUCCGCAGAAGUCAACCACAAAGCUCCUACACAACCAGCUUCACUGCCCACCAAACGACCUACGCUGGACGAACGCAUGGAAAGCGUUAUGGAACGGGUCGAAACAGCAGGCUUCGACAGCUUCGACUCCCUCGCCACUCUCUACUACAAAGCCAAGUUCGGGGACUCUUCCUCGCUCGCGGUCGAGCAGAGGCUCAGCCGUAAUCGGCGUCUUCCCAAGCUGUUUGCCGACGUUUUCUCGGCCGCUCAAGAGUGGGGUGCCCGGGAACAACGACCGCUAUUCGAUGAGAUCCUUAGGAUGUCGGAGGGUAUGCUGAUAAGUGAGGCGAGGGGUGUUCACAGUACGCUUCAUGCGAGCAUCGGUGGGUUGGCUAGGUCGGCGAAGGACGAGCGGACUGGCAAGAGUGCCGUCCCGGGGCUGAAGAGGUUGAUGGAGAGUAAUUUACCUAAUCUCUGGGCCUUGGUGACAGCUUUGGCGACAGAGAAUAGAGCAGUACGACAGCGAGAUCGCUCGAAUACGGUACUGGCGACGAUACUGGUAUUGCAGUCCUCUGGUCAGCUACCUAAACAGAGUCUCAUGGCUCUCUUGGAGGCUUGCCUUUGAGGAGCCCCCCAAGGGGAUGUGUUUUGAGCAAGACUGCGACCAAAAAGCGUGAGGUAUGGAACCAUGGAGGGCAACGGACAGACAGAAGUCAAUAGCAUUUAAAUCCAAUAGGCUUUCA